AUGGCUGCAGUCAUCAGUCGCUGGGAGGAAACCAUUUCCUGGGAAGAAGUCUUUGUUGCCAGUGAGCUUCCUGCACCCGAGGAUAAUUGCUUGAGAGCGAGAUUCAGCUGCGAGCCGCCUGCAGCCAGCAUCCCGCGAGCACAAAACGGCGAGAAUCGAGCUGCGAGAUCUCAGCCGUGGACAAAUCAAACGUGGAAUUAUUUAGCAAUACGUCUUGAAAGAAUCUUAAAAUCACAGAAGUUCAACGCGCUGGGCUUUCAGAUGAGGAAUCGGAGGUGCAGGUCGACCAGCACGGUCGACCAGCCCGGUGCUGUGGUCCAGGAGGACCCAUGGAUGUUUGCCCAGGCCCUGGACAGGCUGCUGAAGAUGCCGCUUCCACUGCCACGGAUUCGCACCCGGCCCUGGUGGUUUCCUGCGCUGGAGCUGAGAGACCCAUUGGUGUUUUACCUGGAGGCAUGUCUGGCUGACCCCAUCUUCGGCAAAAACGGAAUCAUGAUGCCGGAAAUAGAGUGGAUGGACCAGGUCCUGCUGACGGUGGAAAAGGUGAACUCCGGGAGCUUAAUCGAAAUCACUGUUUUCGGACAGCCCCGUGUCCAAAAUAGGGCGAAAAGCAUGCUCCUGAGCCUGGCAGCAAGGCACCGGGGAAACCGUGCCCGAGAUAAGAAGAUGAAACAACUGGAGAAGUUCUUGAAGGCCCAUGGGUCACCUCCCCCAACUCCCCGGUCUCGAUCUCGUGUUGCAUGA